AUGGACGGCGCAUCGACGGACACAGAGCCCGAGGCGACGGCCAGGCACGACGACGACGAUGAGGCGCCGCGGGGCCCUCCUGCCAAUGCUUUCACGAAACUCAUGGCCCCCAAGAAAAAGGCGGCCGCGUCCGCACCCCCCCCGUCCUCGACAGCGGCAGCGCCCGCGCCCCCCAAGGACCGCAUGGGCCUGGGCGCCUACCUCGCCGACCCGGCCUCGCUGCCGGCCUCGGUCGUCAUCCGCCACGACGCCGCCUUCGUCGCCAUCCGCGACCGCUACCCCAAGGCCACCGUCCACGCGCUGCUGCUCCCGCGCGACCCGGCCUGCGUCCUGCGCCACCCCUUCGACGCCCUCGCCGACCCGGCCCUGCUCGCCGCCGUCCGCGCCCAGGUCGACUCCCUCAGGGUGCUCGUCGCCGCCGAGCUGCGCCGCCGCCUUGGCUGCCACAGCGCCUCCGACGCCGCCCGCCAGGCUGUCCUCGACGGCUCCGCUGCGCCCGAGUCGCCGUCGCCGUCGUCAGGGCCGCCCGCGCUUCCCCCCGGCCGCGACUGGGCCGCCGACGUCGUCUGCGGCGUCCACGCCGUGCCCAGCAUGCGCCACCUACACAUCCAUGUGCUGUCGCGCGACAUGCACUCGCCCGCCCUGCGCCACCGCAAGCACUACAACUCGUUUGCCACGCCCUUCUUCGUCGAUGUGGCCGACUUCCCCCUCGCCGACGACGACCCGCGCCGCGACCCCGGCGCCAUGGGCUACCUGCGCAGGGACCUCCGGUGCUGGCGCUGCGGCAAGACCUUUGGUAACCAGUUCAAGCGCUUCAAGGAGCAUCUCGACGUCGAGUUUGAGGCGUGGAAGCGCAUCUGA